AUGGUCGCUGAAAACGAAAAAAAUGACAAUGUGAUCAAUGAAGAAAUGGAAGUCGAAGAUCCUUUCUGUCUGGAAUCAAGUCCCCUAAAAUUAACAUUUGAGGAUAUAACGUCUGCCGCUUACAAGAUAAAAGAUGGUGUAAUCAAGACAGCGUGUACAAAAUCGCAUUUGUCCAGUCUUGUCAACAUGGAACUUUAUUUGAAAAAGGACUUUGUUCAGUACACCGGAAGCUUCAAGGAACGCGGAGCGUGCUAUGCUCUGAUGAUGUUGUCUGACGAGCACAAGCGAAACGGCGUGAUAUCUGCGUCUUUGGGUAACCACGCGCAGGCUCUAUGUUACCAUGGUAAGCGGCUAGGAGUGCCGGUGACGGUGGUUAUGCCCACUGUUGCUCCGAUAAUCAAAAUUGAGGCCUGCAGGAAUUUUGGCGCAACCGUCAUCGUUAAGGGCAUCAACAUGAAGGAGUCCAAGCACAUAGCUCUCAAGCUGUCCAAAGAGAAAGACAUCAUUUACAUCAAUGGGUACGAUCACCCUCACAUAAUGGCCGGCCAAGGUACAGUGGGACUUGAAAUAUUAGAAGACGUUCCGGAUGCUGAUGCGAUCGUCGUUCCGGUUGGUGGUGGUGGUCUGCUGGCUGGCGUGUCAUUGGCUGUCAAAACACUGAAAAAAGACUGCAAAAUAAUCGGCGUUGAAUCCGACCGCGUGCCGAGUUUCACUAAAGCCAUGGAACAUGGUAGUCCAGUAACCGUCGAUGGCAAAAGCACGUUGGCGGAUGGCUUGGCCGUGCCAAGAGUCGGGUGUAACGCGUUUGCCACCGCCGCUGGUUUGGUUGAUAAAAUGAUUGUUGUUACGGAGGAAUGGAUAUCAAUGGCAAUUCUACGACUUGUCGAGUCGGAGAAGUGCGUAGUGGAAGGCGCCGGAGCCAUCGGACUAGCAGCCGUGUUGUCUGGUACUUUGGAUGAGUUUGCGGGAAAAAAAGUCGUUUUGUUGCUGUGCGGUGGCAACAUCGAUACGUCCAUACUGGGAAGGUGUUUGGACAGGGGACUGGCCAUCGAUGGUAGACUGGUUAAGUUCCACUCGACUUUAAGCGACAGGCCCGGUGGAAUUGCGGAACUGUGCAGAAUUUUGGCAACGAUUGGCGUUUGCGUGAAAGACAUCAUACACGAAAGGGCUUGGCUGUCGGACGACGUCUUCAGCGUUAGGGUCAAAGUGGUAUGCGAGACGAGAGACUUGAGACACGCCCGUUUGCUGCAGGAAGUGAUAUCGAAAAACUACAGUUCUUCCGUGUUCGGUGACAUACCAUUACCCAAAAUUCUUUGA